AUGGCAGAGGCCUUGAGCGAUCGUCUCCUGGGACAGGGAAAAGCACUUGAUGCGACCGUAUUGUCUUAUCUGACCUACCUGGCGGGACAAUCAGUCGAGUCCAUACGAACCACAGAACCACAACAACUCUCACAAGCAUCAAAUUCGUUGCUACUAUCCGUGCAAUCAUUGUCCAAAAAAUCACACAGGCCCAUUGUCGAAUCAGCCGCUAGUCACUCAGCGCUACGCCAGCUAUUUGCCCUGCUGGCCAAAAGAACAGGCGAACUGACGCAUACAGUCCCAAGGCUUGAUCAGGAGGCAGAACUAUUCUCUUCCGAGUUUGGCAAAGCCAGCGAGAACAGCAGCAUCACAGAGCGGAAGAAGGCACUCCGUCUCCUACAGAAUGGGGAGAGACUAGUCGAUAUGAUGGAGCUCCCACAGCUUCUCAACUCUGCUGUCACAUCCAGCCCGGUCAGUUACUCGUCUAGUCUCGACCUGUAUGCACAUGUUCGUCGCCUUGCAUCCCUAUACCCAUCCUCGCCUCUUGUCGCAUCGGUGCUGGACGAGGCAAACUCAGCCAUUAGGCGAAUGGCAGUCGACCUAAUAGCUACGUUACAAACACCCAAUCUCAAACUCGCUCCAAGCCUCCGUACGAUGGGCUGGCUCAAACGAAUUGUCCCCGAGCUUGUUACCAAUAUCCAAACAGAGGAAUCCCUGCCUGCGAUAUUCCUUGUGUGUCGACUUAGCACACUGAUUGCCACCCUAGACGCACUGGACCCUCUAAAACAACUGGCAGACGAGGAGCGCAUACGAGACGUCAAGAUAUCUCAAGCAUGGUCCGGGGGCCAGCACACCGAGCGGUAUCUCAAGCGUUUCAUCGAAGUAUUUCGCGAACACAGUUUCGGCAUGAUAUCGGUUUCCAAAAGCGUGGAUUCCAGUUUUUCCCAUUCGGAUAGCGCAGCAACCGACCCGAUGAAUCCUCUGCCUAGUGUCCUUACUAGCUUUCCGUUGCACCUGAUAGGUCUUCUGAUGGACACCUUACAAACGUACCUACCCGUCAUCAAAGACCAAGCCUCAAGAGAAAGCAUUAUGACACAAGUUUUGUAUUGUGCUGGAAGUUUGGGUCGGCUAGGCGCGGACUUUGGCAUGUUUCUGUCAGCUAUCGGAAUGGCGGAAUGGGUAGAGCUGGUUAAACGACACAGACUGUUAGCAGGCCGACUUGAGUCCGUCAUUGGCGAACAUCGGACCAGCCAGACUACUCCCACCAGUUUGGUUAUUAGAGAUAUGCAUUAA